CGCUGUAUUGUGAUCAAGCUACCGAAUCAACAAUCGGUGAGCGAACAUUCUAGACAAGUAGAAAAAAAUAUUCUUGUUUUUCUAAUCGACAACAUUUAAUUACUAUAAUAGUGUGUGCGAUUCAUCAAACUUUAUAAUAAUAGUAUUUUAGAAGACUCGAGCUUUUUCAGUUUGCGAUCGUCCUCUCCAUUUUUCUCAUCGAUACGUACGUGAAAACCAACGGUAGACGUGCUUAUUUUAUUUUUUAAUUUCUUUCGGACAAGACCCUCCUUGCGAAUAUACGCGACAAAAGAAUGCUCAGGACAGUAUAAAUAAACAAUAACGAUCGUAUAGUCUCUGUUGAUCCUCUUCCCACGCAGUUCGUUAGUUAUUUCAGUCAACAUGGUUCACCUGCGACGCAAGAUUUUAUCCUUUGGAAAUCUUGUUAAUCAACUGCAGAAUGUGAGGUGGAGCUCUUCUUUAAAAACUAAAGACAGAAAGUCUGUACAAUCGCAACGUUCUUUCAAGUAUGCAGACUUAUCAGUCUGUCUAGCUGGCCCAGAUCAAUUAAAUCCUAAACCUGAUGUUAAGGAACUUUCAUUUGGCAAAUAUUUUACCGAUCACAUACUUAAAAUACAUUAUUAUGAAAACAUGAAUGGUUGGCAAGCUCCAGAAAUUAUGCCUUUUGGAAAUAUAACUCUCCAUCCAGCUGCAAAAGUAUUACAUUAUGCUAUAGAGAUGUUUGAAGGUAUGAAAGCUUAUAGAGGUGUUGAUGGUAAAAUAAGAUUGUUUAGGCCAGAACUAAAUAUGGAAAGAAUGCUUCAUUCAACAUCGAGAAUUGGUUUGCCUUCUUUCAGAAGUGAAGAAUUAAUUAAGUGCAUUUGCAGAUUGAUUAGUAUAGAUCAAGAAUGGGUGCCACAUUCUACUACUUCUAGUCUUUAUAUUCGUCCUACGUUUAUAGGGGUCGAUCCUACGCUUGGAGUUGUAGCCUCGGAUUCAGCUUUAUUAUAUGUUAUCAUGUCUCCUGUUGGAUCUUACUUGAAAACCGCAAAGCAGCAAGGAAUUUCCCUGUUUGCAGAUCCUAAAUUUACGAGAGCGUGGCCCGGUGGUUGCGGUAACUCUAAAUUCGGCAGCAAUUAUGCACCUACGAUUCAAGCGCAACAGGAAGCAUGUGAAAAAGGGUUACAUCAAGUACUUUGGCUCUUUGGAGAAAAUCAUGAACUCACAGAAAUGGGCACUAUGAAUGUUUUUAUAGUUUAUAUAAAUGAUAACGGAGAGAGAGAAUUACUCACACCGCCCUUGAGUGGUUUGAUCUUACCCGGAGUUGUAAGAAAUUCUCUUUUAAGUAUGGCAAGAGAAUGGAACCAAUUUAGAGUUUCGGAAAAGUCUAUCACCAUGAAGGAAAUUAUACAAUUACUUUCAGAGAACAGAUUGUUGGAAAUUUUCGGGGCAGGCACAGCAAACGUAAUCAGUCCCGUAUCUUGUAUUGAAUUUCUGGGACAAUUGUUGCAUAUACCGACAAUGGAGCAGCCCGAACCAAUUUAUCAUAUGCUCAAAAAACAUUUACUGGAUAUACAGUACGGUGUUAUACCUGAACAUUCAUGGAGUUUAAUCAUCGAAUAAACUACAGAGUGUGUUAGCAAAUAUGUUUGCAGAAUUAUUUGAUUUUUUCUAAAUAUUUUGAACAUUAUAUUCAUAAAACAUGACAUUUUUUUAAUGAUAUGCAGAAUGUGAGUUAGAUUAUAAUAUUUAUUUAUAUUUGCGAGAUAUUAUAUAACGUGCGCACUUGUAUAUACUUGAAGGAAAUCUUCUAUAAUUUGAAUUUGUAUUGCGUUUAGAAUUUUUUUAUUUAAAUUAUUAUUGAAGAAUUAUAGAAGAAUAACGUCUUUUUCUACAAGAUAAUUUCAUGUAAAUGUUAUAUAUAUAAUGUCGUCGCAACACUGAUAUAUAGACGCUGAUAUAUAGACUGACAUAUAGAA